AGAAGCAUCCCUAAUUGGCGUUUUCCCAGGAAUUACCAACACGAUGCCGUUCACAUGGAGGCCCAGAGGGACAGAGGACCUGUGAGAUUUUGACUAUGUGGCAUUAAAGUGGUGAAAAUCUGACCAUGGGUGACUGGAACCUGCUGGGCAGCAUCCUAGAAGAGGUCCACAUUCAUUCCACCAUCGUAGGGAAGAUCUGGCUCACCAUCCUCUUCAUCUUCCGCAUGCUGAUCCUGGGAGCUGCAGCUGAGGACGUCUGGGAUGACGAGCAGUCGGAGUUCGUCUGCAACACGGACCAACCAGGCUGCAAGGCGGUCUGCUACGACCGGGCCUUCCCCAUUUCCCUCAUUCGCUACUGGGUGCUGCAGGUCAUCUUUGUGUCUGCGCCCUCUCUGGUCUACAUGGGCCAUGCUCUGUACUGCAUCAGGGCGCUGGAGAAGGAACGCCACCGGCGGCGGAUCCAACUGAAGGGGGAGAUGGACGAGGCAGAACUUGAGGAUCACAAACGCAUAGAGAAGGAGCUGAGGAAGCUGGAGGAGCAGAAGAAGGUGAAGAAGGCUCCUCUUAGAGGCUCUCUGCUGAGAACCUACAUCAUCCAUAUCCUUACUCGCUCUCUGGUGGAGGUUUGCUUCAUCCUGGGCCAGUAUAUCCUGUAUGGAAUCCAUCUGGAGCCUCUGUAUAGGUGUGAGAGGCUACCAUGCCCCAACAGUGUGGACUGCUACAUCUCCAGGCCCACAGAAAAGACCAUCUUCAUGUUUUUUAUGACCAUCAUUGCUGGAGUUUCACUCUUCUUGAACAUUUUGGAGAUUCUCCACUUAGGCAUCCGUAAAAUCAAACAGACUUUGUAUGGAGAGAGGUACACUGAGGACGACAGUCUGAUCUACAGGUCCAAAAAGAAGGCAUCCUUACAACAGCUCUGUGUCAUGAGCCAUGUUUCCCCUCACAAUGGGCCUCUGACUCAGACCUUCAAGGUGAUUCAGGAGGCUGACAUGAAGCCUCUUCAUUACACAAUCCACGAUCCGCCAAGACACAACAGCUUGGUUCAUCUGGGUCAAACCGGCUAUAGCUGCCCUCCAGCAAGGAUGACACCCAGGUCUGUUGAGAUCUGUGCAACUCCACAAACCACUGAAGGUCCAGAGGUCCACACAGUGACCCUGGACCACCAUCCAGCCUGGAACUCUGCCAUGUCAACAGUGGAGGAGGACACAACCAGCCAAGCAGAAAUCCAGGAGGAGCAGCAUCCUCAGCCCAGUCAUGUGCUGUCUGGGAGCACCAUAAGGCCUGCAGCCAUCAGAACCAUCAAUGAGGAAGAAAGACGACAGUCUGCGGUCAGCGACUUCCUGAUUCCCAACCCCAGAAGGACCAGCUUCAUGAUCAGGCCUCCAUCCGAAAGCCUGUCCUCCAUGAGCGCCUCCACCAGCCAAUCCUUGCACAGCUCGGAGGAGUCCGAUGAACUGGGAUCUCUCCAGGGAGACAUGCCAAUGAUGCCGCCAGCCGGAGGCCGACGCAUGUCAAUGAGCAUGUUUCUGGAUAUUUCCUCAAUCAUGAAGAAGUGA